UCCUCCCCUCGCCAGUCCCCACUCCCCACCCAACUCCACGAUUGCUGCUCGCUGCUGCGGCUCCGCUCAGAUCCAGUGCCCCCGAUGCCGCCGCCGCCGCAGUUGAACGGGGGCAAGGUGACCCCGAACCUGGCGAUGGAUGCGGCGGCCACUCGUCUGCUCAACCUCACGGUGCUCCAGCGCCUGGACCCAGCCGUCGAGGACAUCCUCAUCACCGCCGCACACGUCACGCUAUACGACUUCAACAUCGAUCUCAACCAGUGGAGCCGGAAGGACGUCGAGGGGUCGCUGUUCGUCGUCAAGAGGAACUCGCAGCCCAGAUUCCAGUUCAUUGUCAUGAACAGGCGCAACACUGAUAAUCUGGUGGAGGAUCUCUUAAGUGAUUUUGAAUACGAACUUCAACCUCCAUAUUUGUUGUACCGGAAUGCUUCACAAGAAGUAAAUGGAAUUUGGUUUUACAAUCAACAUGACUGUGAAGCUGUUGCAAGUCUAUUUGGAAGGAUACUGAACGCAUACGCCAAAGUACCUCCAAAACCGAAAGUGCCUUCCACAAAAAGUGAAUUCGAGGAACUAGAAGCUGUUCCUACAUCUGCUGCCAUAGAUGGCCCCCUUGAACCUCCGCUAGGAUCCACUGCUGUAGUCCUUGAUACCCCCGACGAACCAUUGAUCAACUACUUCAGUGUUGCUAGCAGCAUUGGAAGCGAAUCAAACGCGCCACUGUCUGGAAGAGUGCAGCUGGCUACUGAGAGCAUCCCAUCCUCCCAUGUGCUGCUGAUCAUUCCAUCUGCUGCUCCAGCACAUCAGCUACCCCCUUCAGUAGCUUCAUCAGCUCCACCAUUGCCCAUCCACGACACUAAUGCCCACACUAGCCGGUCAACAAAUCUUGUAACGCCAGAUUUCUUUGCGCCUCCACCAUCCUCUUCUACUCCACUGGCUCCACCGGGCGCAUCCGUGAUUCCUACUGCCCCGCCUCUUCACCCUACUUCGGCAUCUGUUCAGCGCUCUCAAUAUGGCGCCCCACUGCUCCAGCCUUUUCCACCGCCCACUCCACCUCCUUCCCUUACCCCCGCACACAGUGAGAGACCUGUUGUUACAAGGGAUAGAGUCAAGGAUGCUCUACAGAGACUUGUUCAGAGCGACGAGUUCAUCGAUUUGGUGUAUCGGGAAUUGCAGAAAUCACUUGUGUAGGCUGCUUAUUAAUCCUUCUGGAGUUUCUGGCUCGUGACAAGUACCCUGUUAUUUUUUUUCUUUGACCUUUUUCAUGCUUCCCUUCCUGUAAUCCUGUAUAGUUUCGUGUUCAUGUAUUGAUGUAUAGUACUAUAGGAAUGGCUGGUUAGCAUACUUAUGUAACUCAAAAGCCCAAGUAAAAAGAGUUUUGUUCAAGAAUGUUGAAAAUC